AUGUCGCAGACUUCGCAGCGGAUCCUCUCGACAUCGACGCCGAAGACAUCACGGAUUUCCAGACCUCCGACGGAAUCGGCGUCGCGCACCUCGAGGACGUCUCGCACGGCCCACUCUCUUCGGCGCAGCAUUGCCACGGAGAUGACGUCCGCAUUGUCCGAGGCGACCGCGAACAGGCGUCCCUUUCUCCCCAUGGAGACUGCGGGCGACCUCCAAGAAGAGCAGCGGGGCACUUCCACGUUCUCCUGGGACGCGUCCCUGCUCGCCUCGAGCGCCUCCUUCUUCUGGGUCCUGCUGGACGUGCUGUUCAAGCUGAACCCGUCCAUCCCGACGCCCAAGCUGCUGUUCCACUUCUCGGAGGGCAUCUUCGUGGGCAGCAUGACGCUCAUGUCUGGCAUUGCCGAACCCUACGGUCCCCUGGCGGCCCAGUCGCUGCUGUUCAUGCGAAGCGUCGCCAUGACCGGGGCGCACUUCGCGCGCCUCUUCUCCCUGCGGUUCCUGACCGUCGUGGACGCGUUCACCAUCAGCAGCCUGGGACCCGUGCUGUCGGAGCUGCCGACGUGCGCCAACCGCAAGGGGGCCACCGUGGGACGCGUCCUGCCGCUGUGCAUGGGCGCCAUCUCCCUGGGCCUGCUGGGCUACUCGAAGCAGUACCGCGCCCCGGACACCACGUCCGCACGCCGCUUCGCGACCGGCUGCUUGCUUACGCUGACGGCCUCGGUGCUGCGCGCCACGGUGUCCCAAUUCAACGACGCCACGUGGCACCUGCCGAGCGUUGUGCAGGAGUUCCACUUCUCGUUCGUCAGCCUCAUCGCGUCCUGCGUGCUGGUCGUGUUCUUCUCGGACAUGCGGAGCCUGUACGACGACAUCGACAUGGGCUGCAUGGUAUUUCUGGCGCAGGUGAGCUUCGCGUACCUCUUCUCCCUGACCAAGGCGCGCAACCUGGAGUACUACGGCGUGGUCAACAUCUUCGCCUACGGCCUGGACGCGUUCCUCUCGCUCGCCGCCUCGCACCUGGUGCUCGACGAGGUGCCCGGUCGCCACAGCGACUGCGCCGCGCUGCUCGUGAUGGCGGCCGUCAUGAUUGUCGAGGCCUGUCGCAUCGGCCAGCUGCACGUCGACUCUUGUUCCCACCAAACCUGGUGGCUCGUGCUCAACUUGCCCGUGCUGUCGCCAUCGAGGUUACAGUCGCCAGCAAGCUGA